AUGCACCUGGAAAAGGCGUGGAAGGAGCAGCAGGAGCGCGAGGAGCAGCGCAAGAGCGAAGUGAUCUCCUGUCCCCUGGGAUGCGUCAUGGAGGUCCAGGACCUCCCGCACCUCGAGGGAAUACUGGAAGCCGCUGGGUCGCGGCCCAUCCUCAUGUUCAUGUACACGCGGUCGUGCGGGAAGUGCAAGGAGAUCCUGCGCAGCCUCGAGGGCACCUGCAAGGUCCAGGGGGCCAGCUGGCCUCCGAACGAGGACGGCGACGCGCGGCGGGAGCUGGACAAGUUCGUGCUGCUCAAGCACGAGCUGCGGGACUCGUUCGACGACCUGAGUCCGGUCGCCAGGUUCUACCGUGUCAGGCACGCGCCGUCGUUCCUGGUGCUGCAGGACGGGGCGUUCAAGGGGGGGUAUUUCGGGACGUACCUGCCGGGCGUCCUCGCGCGCGCGCGCAGCUUGUGCGACUGGGCAGAGGACAGCUCGUAG